GUCGUCGAGCGCACGAACAUAAAUGGCUUCCGCGCUGCGCCUGCCGCUGCCCUCGCUUCGUCCGCAGUUCAGCGCCUCGAUCCUUGCCCCGUCCUUCUGCGCCGGGUCGUCUCGACUCCACCGAGUCGCUGCCCACAUUUUGCCCUCCCGCACGAAAUUUGGCGUCCGAGCCAUGGCCGCUUCGGCUUCUCCCCGCAAGAUUACCAUCAAGCGAAAUGGCGAUGGAGCCACUGAAUUUGAUGCUUACGUUCUGGGCGAUGAAGGCGCCCCCGGGAUCGUAGUCCUGCAAGAAUGGUGGGGAGUCGACUUUGAAAUCAAGAACCAUGCUGCAACCAUUGCAAGCAAUGGGUUCCGUACUUUAAUUCCUGAUCUAUAUCGAGGAAAGGUAGGCUUGGAUGCUGCCGAAGCCCAACAUCUGAUGGAAGGCUUGGACUGGCAAGGAGCGGUGAAGGAUGUUGAAGCAUCCGUCAAAUGGUUGAAGGAGAAUGGUUCCUCAAAGGUUGGUGUAACUGGGUUCUGUAUGGGUGGAGCUCUUACUUUGGCUAGCGCAGUCCUGAUCCCUCAACUGGAUGCGGCUGUCGCGUUUUAUGGAGUCCCAGAUGCGGGGCUCGCCGAUGUCAGUAAAGUUAAAAUUCCUGUUCAGGCUCAUUUUGGAGAGUUGGACAAGUUUGCAGGUUUCUCCGAUGUCGGGGCAGCCAAGGCCUUGGAAGAAAAAUUAAAAACUUCUGGGGCUCCUUCUGAAGUACACAUCUACUCGAACGUUGGCCACGCAUUUAUGAACGCUUCUGAGGAGGCUAUCAAACGUGGCAAGAAUACAGGUUUUGAAGAGUUCAACAAAGAUGCUGUAGACCUUGCAUGGUCUAGAUUUGAUACAUGGUUCAAGAAGUAUUUGUCGACUUAAUUCUUUAGAUCAGACAGCUUUCUGUGCUUAGAUUGGAGGUUGUAACAUAAUCUAUAUCCUCCUGUCUCACAAAACUCAAAAUUUUGAAAACUGGAGACGUGUUCUGAGUUCUUCUUGAGGUAAAUAUACUGAAUGUGCAUAUGCCGAGUAUG